AUGGAAAAUCCACUUGCCAAAAUGUGCAGGACUAAGUAUUUGUUCGCCCUCGUCGUCUGUGUGAUGGCCCUGCUGAUGAGGGGGUACUCCUCCACCCAGGGCACGCGCAGGGAAAUUCCUCAGGGAAGACUUUCUUUUUUUCUAGAGACAAAGCUUGCCGACUUGGGAAUAGCCGACCCUCCCUACACCGUUUUCAACUUCGCAACGGAAGCUGUCAAUACCACUGACGUCUUAGAGGAUGAACUCAGGAGAAAGGAGAACAAAGCCAUGAGGCGAUUCAGGCAUGACUUAAGCGAAAAGAAGGAGAGAACCUCAAAUUUUAUAGUCAACCUUUUGGAAAACUCCCUGCAGUUUUUCGACCCCGAUCAUGAACGCAACUGA